AUGGCACCUCCCACUAAUGACAACAACGACCAGCAAGGUCUUCGUCGAUCUACUCGAUCAAACCUUGGGAAACCGGGCCCGUCUCUUAUUAACGGCUACCUCACUGGAGAUGCGGCGGCUCGACCUGCCCUUCGACCCAAAAGACGUGUCGGGGAAAGUGCAGCUGUCAAUGACGAAGACGACGAUGGGGAUGAAGUGGCUUCUUUUACGCUUUCAGAACCUCGAAAAAACAGUAUCGUCUUGGACUCCCCUAUCCAUCCGUCAGCGCCUUCUCCUCUACCACCCUCUCCACCCCAACAGAUUAAACAACCUUCUGGUCCUAGUAGAGAUGAAUCGCCUCCGAGGGAUUCAGAUGCCCAGAAUGCUAACGGAGCGGACGCUGAUGCGAUGUAUCUGGACAUGUAUUUAAACCUGGAUCCGCAAGAUGAUGAGUACAUGGCUGAUGCGGAACCCUCACCCAAGGCACCUCCGAAGCCAGCCAAAGUCGUCGAUUUGGAUAUCGACAUGGGUGGCUUGGGGGAUGAAUUCGCUGAAGUCAUGCAGCUUUACCGACAAAACUCGGAUGAGAAAAUCUUCAAAGAUCGCCUAGCUGCCCAGGGGCGAUACCCCGAGAAUGCUGACUCGCUGGCUGAGCUGAGUGCCAGAACCAUGAAGCCCAGUCCCUAUUGUGAUGUCACAGAGGAAACUAAGUAG